GCCUCCGUUUCUUUGCUUCCGACCACUUGCGCAAAAAGUUUGGGACUUGUUACACGAAAGGGUUAGUCCAACUUCGCCAUGUCCAAGGCUCUCAAGACCAAAGCGCAGCUAGUGCGAUUGCUGAUACCAGCAGGAAAGGCUGCUCCUACCCCACCGGUGGGUCCAGCUCUCGGUGCUCGCGGUGUAAAGUCGAUGGACUUCUGCAAAGAGUUUAACGCAAAAACCGCUCACAUAGAACCUGGCAUCCCUACUCCGACUCUAAUUACUGUUGAGCCUGACCGCACAUUUUCGUUCAUGUUCAAGACACCACCCACGACGUACCUGCUAAAAAAAGCGGCAGGCAUCGAGAAAGGGACCGGUCGCCCCGGACACGAGUUUGCGGGAACUGUCAGCUUAAAACACGUGUAUGAGAUCGCGAAAAUUAAAGCGAGGGACGAGCAUCUCAAGCAUCUCAAGCUCGAAUCUAUCGCUAGUACCGUCAUCGGCACGGCUAGAACUUUGGGGGUGCAGGUGGUACCUUGACCCGGGCCGUUCUUCAUCAGCUUCGAGAAACUGGGCAGGCGUGUUGUCACGGGCGCGAAAGCGCAUCCGAGUCGAGCAAAGGGACGAUGGUUGUGCCUAGCGCUAUAUCGUCUGGAUGUAGAUAGCCUGUGCUGCCAGAUGUGACUAGGGCAGACCGGGGUGGGUAUUGCAUGAUAGUCUAUACCAUGUAGAGCGCAAGUGGUAUUCUUGGACAAACAUCUAUAGUGUUAUGUGGGCGCCAAGAUCUGCCCAAAGGGGUGGAAA